GUACUACGAAUGGAAAAUUUGUUAGAUUCUGUUGUGCACUGAAAAUUUGAUGAUUCAUGCAGCUGUUACCGGCUUACCGUCAUGAGUUCACAAGCUUCUUAUGCAAAUGCCAUGGCAUGUAGACAUACUCCCAUUAUGAAUUCAGGAUUGUGCUUCAAGACUCAAGUCAAUGAGCUUCUUCAAAUGCAAUUUAGGCUAAUUGUGCAAGUUCAUGUGCCAAAAGCAAGGAGAAGAAAUCCCUUGCUUCAGCCUUCCGAUUGCACAGUAGAGGAGCAUUCGAGACCUCCAUCUUCCGCCUUCAAUUGGAACGCCUACCAAGAGAAUCCAGGAUUUCAAUUCACACUCACUAUAAUAAUGGAAUCCAAUUUCUUUCGUUUUCUGAAGAUUGUUGGUGUUGGAUAUAAAGCCAGGGCUGAAGCCGAGGGAGGCCAAUUAUUUCUCAAAUUGGGGUACAGUCACGAGGUUGAACUAACCGUUCCUCCUGCAGUUCGCGUUUUCUGUUUCAAGAACAAUGUAGUUUGCUGUACAGGAAUAGACAAGCAAAGGGUGCACCAAUUUGCUGCCGCUGUUCGUAGUUGCAAGCCUCCUGAAGUUUACAAGGGCAAGGGUAUAAUGUACAUUGAUGAAGUUAUCAAGAAGAAACAAGGGAAGAAGUCAAAAUGAUGGAAAAUGUGUAUGCUACUGCCUGCAAAUUGCAUACUUCGAUGGCAAUAAGUUAAGGACUACCUGCAUCCUCAUACUUUAUGGGUUGUUUGGUAGGUGGGUUUGUUCUAACUGCAUUUGCUGAUUCUUCUAUAGGUCGCAAGAAAUUGUUAUUCUUAUCGUGUCUGGCAAUGUCUUCCAUAGAAAAAAAAAAUUUAGCACCACUAAGCCUGCUUAGCAAAUCAGAUAGGCCUCUUGACGAAGAAACUUCAAAGCCUAACCAUUGGUCAAUGAUCAAGAAAUUAUUUAAGAAAAAAUGGGCAUUAAAACGGAUGGUGGCGUUAUUAGUGCCCGGAUUUUGUAUAGGAUUGGGGUAUUUUGGUAUGGCGUUAGGGGUAGGAAACUUAGAUAUGAACCUCUACUUGAGUGUUACUCUAAAUGCUCUAUUAGAGAUACCUUCAAGUGUUUUUACUUUCUUGAUGAUUGAAAAGUGGAGCAGGAAAGGUUCUCUGCUCACAGUUGGCAUACUUGGUGGGGUUUUUGGUCUAAUAAGUAAUAACUCCAUUAAUAAGAAUAAGAGGAAUUCAGAUUGGAUUGGAAUUGGCCGCAUUUUUUUGUGCAAGUACUGCAUACAACAUAAUCAUGAUAUACACAGUGGAAUUGUUCCAAACUUGGUUGAGGCACUCUGUCACAACGGCUCUGAGACAGUCCUUGAUAUUUGGUGCGGUCUUUGGGCCAGUACUUGUUUCCUCCUGGAGGAACGAUGAGUUGCUGUCUUAUAAAGUGUUUGGUGCUCUAUUGUUGAUCUCUGGAUUUUUUAUGGUAAGUUUGCCAGAGACAAGAGGUGUGACCAUUUCUGAUACAAUUGAUGAGCAGGAGCAAAAGGAGAAUAAUACUAUGGCGGUUUCUUUCAACAAAACAGGGCAAAGGGGUCCGGUAAUGCGAACACCAACUGUUUGAUAUAAUUACGGUUGUUCUGCGGAAGAGGUGAGGAGGAUCGGUUUUUCUGUUAAGGACGCCGAUGUUGCAAUAAAAUGUCUUGCGUGUCUCCCAGCCAGCGGAGACAGAAUCCUCAUUGGAAGUACAUUUGUUGUUAUCCAUUUCUUUUAUUUGUUCUAUUUUCUAUUGUUAAACAGGUUAACGUGAAA